CACAAAGCACCCCCAAUAGCUGGGGGACUGCUGCCGCACCGGUGUGUGCAGGGAUUCCCUUGCACAGGUGCUCCGUGGAGCACCGAGAGCCCCCAGCCCUCUGCUCUGCCUCGGUUGCCCCUCUGGUGGGGUUGUUGCAUGCGUGGGGACUCCAGCUCUCACCUUCCUCUCCCUCUCCCCCCCCAGGAUCCCAGGGGAGCCUGCUGGAGAUCUGGGGAGAUGCCCUGCAUCCAGGCGCAGUGCAGCACCUCGGGCGCCGGCCCCUGCGAGCGCUGCCCAGCCGAACUGCUCAGCCCCGAGGGCGGCCGAUUCCCCAUGGAAGUGGCUGGAGCCGAUCUGGCUGCCGCCCCCGCCCUGCCCAGCUUCAGCACCUUCAUGGAGGGCUACGCCGGCGAGUUUGACGCCUUCCUCUACCAGCUGCCAGCAAGCGGCCAGUCCAGCGCCGCCACCGCUUUCAAGCUGGAGGACUUCCAGGUGUACGGCUGCUACCCCAGCGCCUUCGGUGGGCAGCCAGACGAGACCCUCUCCUCCAGCGGCUCGGACUGCUAUGGGAGCCCCUGCUCCAUACCCUCGCCCGCCACGCCAGGUUUCCAGCCCCCGCAAGCCUCAGGCUGGGAGGGCUCCUUCGGAGCGUACUCACCGCUGCCGAACUACGAGGGUGUGCAGCCCUGGGCUGAGCCAGCCAAGGGCGGAGGGUCACAGCCCCCUUUCUUCGCCUUCGCCCCCCCGGCCCCCAGCCCUGGUGGGUCCCCUGCAAGCCUGAAGGGGCAGCCGGGCCCCUCGCCCCGUGUGGACCCACGGCUGCUGGACACGGACGCCUUCCCCUCGACCCAAGGUCCUCCCAGGGGCUUCGCGGGGCUGCCCCUGGCCCCCACCUCCCCGCUGCUGGAGGGGCCAGCGCUGGCGCCCAGCAAGGUGCGCAGCCCCGGGGCAGGCGAGGGCCGCUGCGCCGUCUGCGGGGACAACGCGUCCUGCCAGCACUACGGCGUGCGCACCUGCGAGGGCUGCAAGGGCUUCUUCAAGCGCACAGUGCAGAAGAAUGCCAAGUACAUCUGCCUGGCCAACAAGGAUUGCCCUGUGGACAAGCGGCGCAGGAACCGCUGCCAGUUCUGCCGCUUCCAGAAGUGCCUGGCCGUCGGCAUGGUCAAAGAAGUGGUCCGGACUGACAGCCUGAAGGGGCGGCGGGGCCGUCUCCCCUCCAAGCCCAAACAGCCGCCAGAUGCGUCCCCCGUCAGCCUCAUCACCUCGCUGGUGCGGGCACACAUUGACUCCAUCCCCAGUGCCACCAAGCUCGACUACUCCAAGUUCCAGGAGUCAGCACCGUGCCCGUUUGAGAAGGAGGACUCAGUGGAUGUGCAGCAGUUCUAUGACCUGCUCACUGGCUCCAUGGACGUCAUCCGCAAGUGGGCCGAGAAGAUCCAGGGCUUCACCGAGCUGCCCAAGGAGGACCAGGACCUUCUUCUGGAGUCGGCGUUCCUGGAGCUCUUUAUCCUGCGCCUGGCCUACCGCUCUAAGCCAGAGGAAGGGAAACUCAUCUUCUGCAAUGGGGUGGUGCUGCACCGGCAGCAGUGCGUGCGUGGCUUUGGGGAGUGGAUUGACGCCAUCCUUGAGUUCUCCCAGAGCCUGCACCGCAUGAGCGUCGACGUCCCCUCCUUCUCCUGCCUUGCUGCUCUUGUCAUUAUCACAGAUCGGCACGGGCUGAAGGAGCCAAAGCGGGUGGAGGAGCUGCAGAACCGCAUCGUGGGCUGCCUCAAGGACCACGUGGCAGCUGCAGGGGCUGAGCCUGGGCGCUCCAGCUGCCUCUCCAAGCUUCUGGGGAAGCUGCCAGAGUUGCGCAGCCUCUGCACCCAAGGCCUCCAGCGCAUUUUCUACCUCAAGCUGGAGGACCUAGUGCCGCCACCGCCCAUUGUCGACAAGAUCUUCAUGGACACUCUGCCUUUCUGAGUCCCGGGCAAGGGGCUGCCAUGAGGCCCUGACCCGCCUGGAGACAUCUGGGACCUGACCUGGGCAACUCUGGUUCAGUCUGAGGAUGCCUGGGAACACCUGGACACCCCUGGGUCACCCCUGGGAUGCCUGGAUCAUCCCCUGUGUACACCAAGAUCAACCUUGGGAUGUUUGGGACUCCCCCUGGGUGAUCCCCAGAAUGCCUAGAAAACACCUGGGCAUCCCUGGAUCACUCCCAGGAUGCCUCCUGUCACUCCUGGAUCAAUCCUGGGAUGUCCGGGACCUCCCUGUGGACUCCUGAAUGACCUCUGGGACACCUGGGGACCCCCCCCCCCCCCCCCCGGGCCAUCCCCAAGACUCUAUGUACACCCCUGGAUCAUCCCCAGAAUGUCUGGAACCCCCCUGGGUCAUCCACAGGGUGCCUAGGACCCCCUGGGUACCUCUAGAUCGCUCCUGGGAUGCCUGGGACCACCCCUGCAUCACUCCAGGGAUGCCUGGGAUCCCCUCUGGAUCACUCCCAGGAUAUCUGGAUCUCCCCUCAGAUGCCUGAGUCUUGUUGGGGACACCCUUGUGGGCGCCCCAUGUGCCUUCACGGCCCAGGGCACAGCCACACAGCAGCCCCGGUGCCGUCUUCCCCGGGGGCAUCGCCGGUGUGGUGCCCCCUUCCCCUGUAAAAAUGCCCCUGAUGUAAAUAGCUCCGGCUGGGUCCUGUACAGAGUGCGGGGCGCAGGUGAGGGAUGGCUCCGGUCCCCUCAACCUCGGCCCCUUCCCCUUUAUAUAUAUUUUUCUGGGUCCCCUCUU